AUGUUCUAUUUUUCUGCUGUAGUACUUGUUCUCUUGGCACCAGGCAUUACUGCAAUGAAUAUUCUCAAUGUAUCUGCCAUCACAUCCUUGAAAACUACUUCAUCUCAUAAUUCUCAUAUUAAUUCAUCAGAGCCGCCUUCAACUUCAAGUAUGCCAUUUACAGUGAUCAAUCGAGCAGUCAAAAAUGGCUCGUCCAUUGUAUCAACUGCAGGAAUCGCACAAACAUUAUUCAUGACAAUCAAUGUGGGUACGCCUCCUGUCACUCUUAAUGUCCAGAUCGACACUGGAUCUUCGACAUUUUGGAUUGUUUCCACUCUCUGCAAUGCCGGUAAUGGAUGCACACCUGCAGUAACUGCCAAUGCUUUUAAUCCAACAAAAAGGUCUGUCAUCAAUAUACCUAGAGUCAGUUUCUACUACGAUCAAAGUGUGAACAGUCUUGAAGCCACACAACCUAUCGCCUCAUCUGGUGAAAUUACUUUUGGUACACCCAAUCCUGCCCGAUAUACAGGCAAUUUUACGUGGUUGCCCACUAUCCCUAAUAUGUCACAAUGGGCAGUUGGUAUCGACUAUAUCAUAGCUGGUGGACAAACAGUCGUCACUACCCAAAUGUUUUUGUUUGAUACUGGCACUACAUUGAUUUAUCUUGAUCAACAACUGUUUCCAUUUAUCAAUACUGCCAUGGGCGGAAUCAGCAAGCAAGGAGGAAUCUACGAGCUAGAUUGUUCACUUGUUCACACACUUCAACCCAUAACGUUCUCAUUGGGUGGUAUAGGAGCAAGGCUCACGUUAUCUUGGAACAUGCAGUAUUUUACUCUCGACAACACUCGAUGUAUAUCUAUAUUUACGACAUCACCCAGCCAGUCAAACAUCUUUGGUGGGAUUUUUUUACAGCAUUUUUAUACCUCGUUUGAUUACAAUGAGAGUCGUAUUGGACUGGCCGCGCCUGUGAACAACAACAAAUGGAACGAUGCUGAUAUCUUGCCUCGUGUUUCAAAAACUGCUACCGAGAGCAAUUCAGCAGCUAAAUCUACUAGACUGAUAUCGACUGUUGGUUGGGAAAGUAUCUGUGCUAUAUCCAUGGCAAGUGUGUCGACACUAGUGUCGUUGAUGGGAGGAUUAUAUCCAUAA